AUGGAUCUGAAGCGAACAAAAGACUACAUUUAUUUCUGGUACUUUCAGUAUCUCUUGGUCACCUGCUGCUACGGCCUAUUGCCCUGGGAACAAUGCGUAAUCAACAGCAUUAUAAUUACCGUGGUGGCUAUGGUGGUCUACACGGCUUAUGUGUUUAUCCCCAUCCAUAUCCGCCUGGCUUUUGAGCUCCUCUCUCAGAUCUUUGGAAGCCAGCCUGAAAAUGUCUCAAACAAUCCCAGAAUGAAAGAAAAUCCCGGAGAGCCAGUGUUCCAAAGCCAGGCAGAAAACCUUGGUGGGUGUAACAAUCUCUCUUGUCCAAGAGGUGAAAAAGGUGAUGCUGGAAACCCUGGUCCCAUAGGCCUUCAGGGACCAAAGGGAGAAAAAGGAGAACAAGGCGAACAAGGUGCACAAGGUGACACUGGACUGAAAGGGGACCUUGGAGAGAAAGGAGAAAUAGGUCUGCCCGGGCAAAAGGGGGAGCCAGGUCCAGUAGGACUCCAAGGAGAUCCUGGUAUAAAAGGGGAUCAGGGGAUCCAGGGAAAAGUGGGACCUCCUGGCCAGUGGGGGCCAACAGGACUUCCAGGUCGCAAAGGAGAAAAGGGGCAAAAGGGGGAUUGUAGACCCGUUGAACCCACAGCCUUUUCGGUGGCUCUUCAGAAAAGGAGACCCUUGCCUUUGCCAGGAACCCCAGUGAUAUUUGAGAAUGUUCUUCUGAAUGAAAAUGAAGGCUAUCAAGAAGAAACAGUCCCAUUGAGGGUUUUCCGCGAUCUGGACAUUAGCCCACCGAUAACUCCCAUGCACGGCGACGACAUGCCUGCAAAAGUGGGCAAACCCAGCCUACUAGCCUCCAGGGAGGCUUCCGGAAAAAAUAAGCCACAGCCCAGUCCAGCCAAGGCUGAUAGCAAACCAUCACAGAAGCACCCCAUGAGCCUGAGCAAUGCAGUCUGCGGCGAUCAGCGAGACACUGAUCUUGGAUUGGGCCACCUCGAGACUGCAGCGACCACCAUAGAGAUCCCGGUUGAGCCAAGGGCGGGCUUAAUGUCCACUGUAGAGUCCCCACAGGAUGAAAUGGACUUAGAAGUGGCCCCUAUAAAUGACCUACUGGAGCUGGAGCCGAACGAGAAGGACGCGACCCGCACCCUGUCUCCAAUUCAGGUCCUGGUCCACAGGAAGGAUGGCAGCAGACCCCCUACUCAUGAUCUAUUUCCCAGGGAAGGAAAGAGUGCACCCCCUACACCACUGCAGAAUAACACUACUGCCAAAGAAAUGCAACAACAACAACAACAGCAACAUCUGCGGCAAGCCAGAGAGGAGAAAAGAGAUUCCAUCAACAACUGUGUUUUCAAUGGGGAUAUUGGAGCUGCAAAAAUGGGACGCAUGCACUUACUCUGUGCCAUCUUUAUCAUAAUAAUCACUAUUGCUAAUCUGAAGAUAGAGGGCAAAAGUACCCCUUUCCCAAAAUUUACUAAGAUAAAAGCUAUUGAAAGGGUAGCUACGGAAAGCCAUGAUGCUUCAGAUGCACUACCUACUGAAGAUGGUCUCUUCACUGAAGUAGCCGAAAUGAGCGACACAACGACAGAAUUGUCUUCUCCGAACUAUGCCUUCAGAACAGCCACCACACUCUUCCCUUUUGAAAAUUUUACCCUUGACUCAUCUGACUUUUUCUUUAACUGCUGUGAUUGCUGUCCUCCAACCCCAGGAGAGAAGGGAGAACCUGGAGUACCAGGAAUGCCAGGUCUUAAAGGAGAUAUGGGAGAAAAGGGUCUUCCAGGUUUACCAGGAACUCCUGGACUACAAGGCCCAAAAGGAUUAAAAGGAGACAAAGGAGAUAAAGGUGAACAUGGUGAGCAAGGAGCAAAUGGAAUCCCGGGAUAUCCAGGCAAACCAGGAGAACAAGGUGAAAUUGGAUUUAAAGGAGACAAAGGAAAUCAUGGUCUGCCAGGAGUUAAGGGACAAAAGGGCUCCAAGGGAGAAACUUGUGAGAAUGGCACCAAAGGAGAAAAGGGAGACAAAGGGGAACUGGGAUUAUCAGGUGUGGAUGGGGAAAAUGGAGAAAAGGGAGAAAAGGGAGAUGUUGGUGAAAAGGGUUCCUGUGGAGAUCCUGGGGAAAAGGGAGAAAGAGGAGAAAGAGGGGAAAGGGGGCUCAAAGGAGAAAAGGGCAACAAAGGAGAUGUAGGAGUGGAAGGAGGACUUGGUGAGGAUGGGCAAAAGGGAGAAAAGGGAGACCCUGGUGUGAGAGGUGAGAAAGGCGAGCCUGGUCCAAUUGGGAUGAUGGGGCCUUCUGGGAUGAAAGGAGUUCCUGGCUUGAAAGGCAUGAGAGGACCUCCUGGGAAGAAAGGUGCAAGAGGUCCCAAGGGCUCAAAGGGUGAGGUCAUAAGAGCCCCACGAUCGGCAUUUAGUGUUGGUUUAUCCAAGCCAUUCCCACCCCCCAACACACCCAUUAAGUUUGACAAGAUACUCUACAAUGAACAGGAAGAUUACAAUCCUUUGACGGGGAAAUUUAAUUGCUCCGUUCCUGGGGCUUACAUCUUUUCCUACCAUAUGACAAUACGAGGGCGGCCUGCCCGAAUCAGCAUCGUAUGUCAGAACAAGAAAAUGAUCAGAAGCCGGGAAACCCUGUAUGGCCAAGAGAUAGACCAGGCGUCCUUCCUUACCAUUUUGAAAUUAAAUGUCGGAGAUCAUGUUUGGCUGGAAGUCACACGAGAUUGGAAUGGGGUUUAUGUUAGUGCUGAAGAUGACAGCAUAUUUUCUGGCUUCCUUUUAUAUCCAGAUGAAGUAUUGGACAGCUUGUUAUGA